CCUGCCCCCCUGCUGCCCUCGCAGUGUGUGUGGGGAGGAGUGGCCUGGGCCCUGCCCCCCUGCUGCCCUCGCAGUCUGUCUCUCCAGGUGGUGGCACGGCGCGCGGACCUGAAGCUCAUCGUCACCUCGGCCACCAUGGACGCAGAGAAGUUUGCCUCCUUCUUUGGGAACGUUCCCAUCUUCCACAUUCCUGGCCGCACCUUCCCUGUUGAUGUCCUGUUCAGCAAGACCCCCCAGGAGGACUACGUAGAGGCUGCAGUGAAGCAGGCCCUGCAGGUGCAUCUGUCUGGGGCCCCUGGAGACAUCCUCAUCUUCAUGCCGGGCCAGGAGGACAUUGAGGUGGCGUCGGAGCAGAUCGUGGAGCAUCUGGAGGAACUGGAAAAGGCCCCAGCUCUGGCUGUGCUGCCCAUCUACUCUCAGCUGCCCUCUGACCUGCAGGCCAAGAUCUUCCAGAAGGCUCCGGACGGUGUCAGGAAAUGCAUUGUCGCCACCAACAUUGCGGAGACCUCGCUGACGGUGGACGGCAUCAUGUUUGUCAUUGACUCCGGCUACUGCAAGCUGAAGGUCUUCAACCCCCGCAUAGGGAUGGACGCCCUGCAGAUCUACCCCAUCAGCCAAGCCAACGCCAACCAGAGGUCGGGUCGUGCUGGCCGGACGGGCCCAGGUCAGUGCUUCAGGCUCUACACUCAGAGCGCCUAUAAGAAUGAGCUGCUGACCACCACGGUGCCUGAGAUCCAGCGCACCAACCUCGCCAAUGUGGUGCUGCUGCUCAAGUCUCUGGGCGUGCAGGACCUGCUGCAGUUCCACUUCAUGGACCCACCCCCUGAGGACAACAUGCUGAACUCCAUGUACCAGCUGUGGAUCUUGGGAGCCAUGGACAACACGGGUGGCCUGACCUCAACGGGGCGCCUGAUGGUAGAGUUCCCACUGGACCCGGCGCUCUCCAAGAUGCUCAUUGUCUCCUGCGACAUGGGCUGCAGCUCCGAGAUCCUGCUCAUCGUCUCCAUGCUCUCUGUGCCCGCCAUCUUCUACCGGCCCAAGGGCCGGGAGGAAGAGAGCGACCAGGUGCGGGAGAAGUUUGCUGUUCCGGAGAGUGAUCACCUGACUUAUCUGAACGUUUACCUGCAAUGGAAAAACAACAGCUACUCCAUGUUGUGGUGUAACCAGCACUUCAUCCAUGCCAAGGCCAUGAGGAAGGUGCGGGAGGUGCGUGCCCAGUUGAAGGACAUCAUGGUGCAGCAGCGCAUGAGCCUGGCGUCCUGCGGUUCAGACUGGGACAUCGUCAGGAAGUGCAUCUGUGCUGCCUACUUCCACCAGGCUGCCAAGCUGAAGGGCAUCGGGGAGUAUGUGAACAUCCGCACUGGCAUGCCCUGCCACCUGCACCCCACCAGCUCUCUCUUCGGCAUGGGCUACACUCCAGACUACAUCGUUUAUCACGAGCUGGUCAUGACCACCAAGGUGAGCGGGCCGUGCCCUCCCUGCUG